AUAAUCUCAGUCGGGCAGCACAGUGCGAUCAUCUCUCAGUACGUUUAAGAAGAUACAUUGUGUAAGAAGUGAAUUUUCCGACAUAUUUACAAAUAAAAAGAUAGAAGAAAAAUUGAUCUUAUUGAGUGUUCGUAACUUAAAACCAAUGUAGGAAUUUUCUCUUCGUUAAAAACAGCAUCUGGACCUCACAAUAAUAAUCGAGUUAUUAAUCUUAAUGAAAUUUGUUAGGUGAAAACCGGUGAAAGACGAAACGCACUGGAAAGCACUAACAUACUCACUCAUACGGAAUUAAUAAACCUAUUGCGUUCGUGUCCUCGAUUGUCGAACCGUACAGUUUGAGUUUAUUUUCGAAUAUCAAAGUGCGUGAGACGGAAUCACUUUGACACGUGCCUGUAAAAGAAUUUCAAUUCUUAUUUUUUGUCGGUGAUUGAAAUAAAAUUAGAUGGAAAUGUCAACGCAAAUUUGUGCUGUUUGUUCAGUUGAAAGCAAACUGAAGUGCUCUAAUUGUGCCAAUGUAUUUUAUUGUUCGGCUGCUCAUCAGAAAGAUAACUGGAAGGCCCACAAGAAAUCGUGCUAUCCAAUACAGAUACAAACCAGCGACAUAUUUGGUCGUUAUCUCGUUGCGAGCCGAGAUAUUAAACCUGGUGAAAUCGUUUUGAAGGAGUCACCGUUAAUAAGUGGACCAUCGCAAAUUACGCCACCGGUAUGUGUCGGUUGUCUGCAAGGUCUCAGUCCAGAAUUGAAAGAAGAGUGUGAACGUUGCGGUUGGCCAAUUUGCUCAAAGACUUGUCAGCAAACAAUUGAUCACAGAAACGAAUGUGAUUUAACUGUAGCCCGAGGCAGUAAAAUUUCGUUGAAGCAAUUUUUUUCUCCACAUCCUACUUAUCAAUGUGUAACAACGAUACGUUGUUUAAUGUUAAAAGAAACUGCCCCCGAGACGUGGGAUAAGCUGAUGCAACUGGAAUCGCACUGUGAAGAAAGACGUGGCUCGGUUCUGUGGCUCAACGAUCGGGAAGGUGUUGCGAAAUUUAUUCAAAGAUUUUUUAAGUGCGAUAGAUGGUCUGAAGAAGAAAUAUUGAAGGUGGCGGGCAUUGUUCAAAUUAACGGACAUGAAAUUCCUUUGACUGAACCACCGCAUGUCUCAAUUUACUCUUAUGCAUCGUUUUUGGAGCACUCGUGCAGUGCUAAUUUAACGAAAACGUUUAACACAAAAGGAGAUAUAAUACUCUGGACGGUCGGCCACAUUAAAAAGGGUGAACAUUUAAGCAUUUGUUACACUGACAUUUUAUGGGGAACUGCAAGCCGUCAGCACCAUUUGUUACAAACGAAACUGUUCAAAUGUGUUUGUGCACGAUGUAGUGAUGUUACAGAACUAGGUACAAACUACAGCGCAAUUAAAUGCAAUUCGAAGAAUGAACCUUGCGAUGGAUUGCUACUUCCAGAGAGUCUAGCGAAAUGGGAAGAUAGUUGGAGAUGUAAUAAGUGCAGUCACAUUGCCGAAUAUAAGUACGUUGCUAAUAUCGUUGAACGAGCCGGAAAGGACCUUAAUGCUAUGGAAAAAGGAAAGGAAGAGCAUUGUAUCAAAUACAUUGAACAUUAUGGUCAAUGGCUGCCUCCUCACCACUUUUACAUGUGUGACGUUAAAAUUGCUCUAACACAAAUUAUUGGAGCCGGUGGUCCAGAAGCUUUACAGGGCGUACCGGAAGAAAUGUUGCUGCUAAAGAUUCAGUUAUGCCAAGAGCUCUUGAAAAUUUAUCAAACUGUCGCUUCAGCCGAGACCAGACAUUUAGGCGCUUUACAUUUCGAAUUGCACGCUGGUCUUGCCGAAUGGGGACGUCGUGGUGUCCAGCAGUUGAAUAAUAGUUUCAAAGGAGCAUUCGAAGAGUCGUUGUUCAAUGCGGAAGAAGCGAUCCGUCUGCUGGACAAAGAGCCAAAUAUUUUACCCGAAGGUAAAAUUUGUGAGCAAGCGAAAGUUAAUGCUGAAUCGUUGAAGGUUUUAUUGGGUACGACGACUGCAUCUAUGGAUUUGUGAUUUUAGUUGGUUAUGUAAUCAAAACGGUACCGUAGAUUUAGAUGUUUUUUGUGAAAUGAAUUAGAUCAUUAAAUGGACCGUAGAUUCGAUUGUCUUGCCGAGAUGUCUAUGAAAAAGAAUUUGUUGGAUAUA